ACUCACGUGCGAAGGAAAAAUGCAGCUGAAUAAAAGGACGAGGCUCGCGAGACUAAUGCUGACUGUAAUCAUCUAACAUUAAGUUUAGAGAAGAAGAAGAGCCAUGAAGAAACACCUGAGUCCGACUAAACAACAGCAGCAGCAGCAGCAGCAACCACCGGCUGAUGUCCCGGCGUCAGGCGGCGAGGUUACCGUGCAACAACUCAACGAGCUCCUGUCCAACGGCAGCGGCUUUUACAGCUUACCGACUCAACAUUUCAACGAGGUGUUCCCCAGAAUAUACAUCGGCAACGCGUUCGUGGCCCAGAAUGCAAUGCGCCUACAGAAACUGGGAGUGACGCAUGUGCUUAACGUGGCGGAGGGAACCUCCUUCAUGCACGUCAACACAAGCGUGGAGUUCUACGCCGGCACGGGAAUCACGUACCACGGCAUCCAGGCCAAUGACACGGAGCAGUUCAACCUCAGUGCCUUCUUUGAGGAGGGGGCUGAUUUUAUCGACAAAGCCCUAGCACAUAAUAACGGCAAAGGUAAGGUGUAUGUCCACUGCAGAGAAGGCUACAGCCGCUCUCCCACCAUGGUCGUCGCUUACCUUAUGCUGCGCCACAAAAUGGACGCCCGGCAGGCUGUGGCCACGGUGAGGCAUAAGAGAGAAAUCGGCCCGAAUGACGGCUUCCUUCGCCAACUGUGCCAACUGAACGAGAAGCUGGCCAAAGAGGGCAAGCUGAACGGGGAGGUGGGCAAACUAAAGACCAAAUGAAGGCGGGGAGAGACCCUUUACCCUCCUCCCAUCAUGCCUUUCACAGGUUUUCAGCUGCUCUCAGAGACUGACCCCGCCUUGACCAAACCAGCACCCAUCUGACUACAGGGGUAUUCUGAGACACAAACAUACAUGCAUUUAUCUGUAGAUAACUCUCCCUCAUGCACACACUCAAUCUCACACACGCUGUUUUUAUUUCUCCGAUUCACAUCUGCUCCUCAGAGGACGUCUGUCAGUCUUCUGUCUGAGAGCAGGAGCUCAAAACUUUACACAAACACCUUUUACUUUCCUUUUUUAAACUCUACACCACACAGAGUUAUGUGCAGACGUGUCACUGCUAGUACCUGAAAGCUCUGAAUCUCUGUCAUGUUCGAGCUGAGAUACUGAAAGCAUUCCUUCAACUCCCACAAAACCUCUCCCUGAUUUUUUGAGAUUAUAGCACAAUCAUUCCAUAGUUUUCCACUGCCGGGAGUGUCGCUCAUGUCUCCACCAAGAAGGAGAUCUUCCAAAUGAACUCUAAAAGUCACACAGAGGGAACAAGUUUAGUUAUGUGGAAAGUGAUUGAUGGAUCCCAAACAUUCCAUAAAUCAGAAACAGCCCCACAGAGUUUUGUUUGUCAAAUUCAAACCUAAAAACUCUUUUUCCUUCUACCUGUAUGGGCAGAUAUUUGAUGCACAAAACAAAUUUUUCAGACUUAAAUGCACGCUGUAGCUCAAUGUAGCACUUCAGUCGGUAUCCUUGACUGUGCAACCUCCAGUUUGACAGAGGUAGAAUUUAAAUUUUUGUUGCUUUUGACAAGAGUAGCCACAUCACAAACAGCAGCAAAGGUUAAGCUAAUUAAGAAUGAUCCUGCAAUUGAAGAAAAGCUUAAUACCAUAGUUUCAAGUAAGUUUUUCUUUGUAUAAAGAGGCUUAUUAACAAAUUCAACCACCUCCCCUGCGCUGAAAACUAUAUAUAAAAUAAGUAUAGUAAUAAGUAUAAGUAAUAA